CUAGCUCUGUGAUCUCAUUAUAGGGCUUCAACCUCUCUGAACUUCAGUCUUAUUAACAUUAAAAUAGGUCGUUAUACGUCCCUCUUUUGCUGUAGUGAGAACCCAUUGAGACACUGAAGAAAAGUGUUCAGCCAGGCCCGGGACCUGUGAUGAGACUUGGCAUAUUUAAGGAAUUAAGUGUGGCCCGUGGACCACCUGCAUUGGAACCCCCUGGGGAACUCAUUAAAAUGCGGUUUCCUGGGCUUCCUGUCCAGAAAGUCCGGUUCUGCAGGUCUGGGACGGAGGUCAUGAGUGUGCAUUUGAAACCAGUCGCUGCCUCCCAAAUCUGGCAAGAGUUGGUUUGGAAGCUCUGUACCUGUCAAACCUCGACGGUCCAGCUCCUGAAGAGCCUGAGAAGUUUCCAGGUGGGCUGGGAGGAGCAGAUAACAGGUGCAGGGGUGAGGAAGGUCACGUCUCUGGGUGUCCCUCCUCCUCCCAACCCGGUAUGCUACGGCAGGGCUGUGUCCCACUGCGCCUCUCCUCUCCACCCCCAGAAGAGGCCCGGCGCCCUCCAGGCCAGGUUGCCAGGGGGAGGGGCGAAAGGAAAAGGUCUCCGGGAGAGGAAACAAAAUGGAAAGUGAAACCGGACCACCCAGAGUUUCACUUUCGUCGCCUCCGAGCACCGUCCAGGUGGCCCAGUGAUCCCCAGACUAGCAGAUCCAGCAGCUGUGAGCCCAGGACUUGGCCCCUGGCGUACUGCGUUCCCAAUGGCCAGCAGCCCCUGGAGGAAGAAGCAGCAGAAAGUCCCUGAUGACAGCAGGCGACCUACAGCAGGAGCCAGAGGUCCCCUGCGCCUCCGAGACUGGCUGGUGGCACAGAUCGAGAGUGGGCGCUACCCGGGGCUGCACUGGGAGGACACGGGCAAGACCCUCUUCCGCAUCCCCUGGAAGCACGUAGCCAAGCAGGGCUACCAGGCACAGCAAGAUGCGGCGCUCUUCAGGGCCUGGGCUGUGCACAAGGGCAAGCACCUGGAGGGCAGCGACAGGGAGGACCCCUCCACCUGGAAGACGCGGCUCCGCUGUGCCCUCAACAAGAGCGCUGACUUCCGUGAGGUGCGUGAGCGCAGCCGGCUGGACAUCUGCAACCCCUACAAGGUCUACAGGAUUGUGUCUGGUGAUGCCCGUGGUCCAGUUGCCAAGGCCUCUGAUCCCCCUGAAGAGGGGGGCAUUCCCUCCAGCCAGCAGGAGUCCCCUGGGGAAGUGACUGAGCCCGCCUGUGGGACAGACCAGGAAGGCUCCAGAUUAGCCACAGAGGAAGAGGACAAGGAGCAGCCCCCCAGGCUGGCCCAGGAGGGCUUGUUGCCACCAGCCACCCUCCUCCCAGGCCCUUUGGCUGACCACGCGUACCAGGCAUGGGACACCAAACACCCUUGGAGUGUAGCGCUCUCUGAGGACUCCAGCAACCCUGGCUGCUGGCUGCACGUGCGGGUCUUCUACGGCGCGGCGCUGGUGCGGGAAGCCACCGCGCGCUCCGCUGAGGGCUGCCGUCUGAGCCCGAAGGUGGCUGCCGCCACCACCGCCGUGGAGCGCCUGCUGGGGCCACCCCCAAGCGUCGCGCAAGUCCGCUUUCCCGAGCCGCCGCCAGGCGCCCACGUGCUGCAGCGCCUGAUGCGCCACCUAGAGCGCGGCGUGCUGCUGUGGGUGGCGCCCGAGGGCGUGUUCGCCAAGCGCCUGUGCCAGGGCCGCGUGUACUGGCGUGGCCCGCUCGCCCCGCACCGCGCGCAGCCCAACAAGCUGGAGCGUGAGCAAACCUGCCAGCUGCUCGACACGCGCCGCUUCCUGGAGGAACUGCGCGCCCACCUGCAGGAUGGUCACCCGGAGCCAGAGUACCAGAUCCGUCUGUGCUUUGGCGAGGAGUACCCAGGCCCUCCAGACCAGCCCGAAGAGCGGCUCGUCAUGGCCCAUGUGGAGCCGGUCUUCGCCCGCCAGCUCCUCCUGCACUCGAAGCGCCGGGGCUCCGGCCCCCAGCCCGGUCCUUAGCCUGGAGUCGCUACAGCAUCACCACCUUCUGAUGCAGCUGAGCUAAGCGGUUGCUUCCUCCUCUUAAGGCAGCCCCCCACAGGGUGCGGACCCUUACCCCUAACCCAGCCCUGCACACACUGAGCCAGUGGAGUUGGGGCCUCUCUCACCUGUUGCCCAGGUUGGUGGGACAGCAGAAGCCAAUCGUGCCUCUACCUCUCUGCAACGGGGAUGGAGUUCUGGACCGGCCGGUAGGCGGCACCGCCGGGCCACUGGGCCUGGGGCCUUGAGGCCCCGGAAAUGCAGCAACUGGGGCAGAAACAAGACUUCAUCCUUUGUGGAGAACGCAACAUACCAGUAGCGGCUUACUUAGAGCAUGCCUAAACCUGCAAUUGAGCUCAUUGUGGCGUUUGCUGAGUGUAUGACAGUUAGAUCCUCAGGGUUGUUUAGACUGGGGCCACCCAGUAACAAAAUUGCCUGGCCUCAGAGCGGCUCUGAGUUUCCGAACCCUUUCUCUGCCCUGCCACUAAUCUCUCUUCUUUAUUUGGGGGACUAGGCAGGGUCCCCAAACUGAGGACUUGAUCUGAACCCUGGGCUUUGGAUGCUAACCAUUGAACCGCCAGCACCUGUAGGACACUGUCUUUGGAGAAACGGAGGCAGGCCCCAAAACUCAGCCCUAAGGCAGAGGCUAAAGUGGGAGUCCAGCCCCUCUCCAAGCCCCCUGAUCUUUGCAAACUGUAAGUUGCAGUGAAUCCUUGAGAAUCCAGGUUUGGAGCAUAAGCAUAAAGCUGUUCCCCCUGGCUUUGAGUAAAGUUAUCAGACCUUU